AUGAGGGUCAGCCCGGCUUCUUGCUCGACACGCGCGCUUCUCCCUUCUCUGCUUACUCGUGUGCCGCUGUUUCUUGCGGGACGCGGUGCCGAUGGCGGCUUCACGCUUGCGGCGAUGCUGUGUGUCUGCGUAGGUUUUGACGGACCCAUGGCGGCGUCCUACAAGCCUGCGGACGUGGAGGCGAGCUGGUACGCCUGGUGGGAGAAGGAGCACUUUUUUUCUCCAACCAGCCUGACGCUGCACCAACGCAACCUUCGCAGCGGCCUGCCUGCGGCUUCCGCUGAGUCUGGCGCCCCGCCCACGUCGCCGGAGCUCGCGAAAACCACGAAACAGGAGAACAAAUUCGUCAUGGUCAUCCCUCCGCCGAACGUCACCGGCUCGCUCCACAUCGGCCACACUCUCACCGUAGCCAUCGAGGAUUCGCUUGCGAGGUGGCACCGCAUGAAUGGCAAGAUAGUCCUCUGGGUUCCUGGCGCUGACCACGCAGGUAUCGCUACACAGAGCGUCGUGGAGCGAGCCUUGCUCAAGCAGGGGGGGCCUUCUCGCCACGAGCUGGGCAGAGAGGCGUUCGUCGAGAAAGUGUGGGAGUGGAAGCGGCAAUACGGCGACAAGAUCUGCCAUCAGCUCAGAAGCGUAGGCAGCAGCGUCUCGUGGCCGCACUUCUCCUUCACGCUGGACGAGAAGCUCUCCAGAGCCGUCGUCGAGGCGUUCGUGCGCAUGUACGACGCGGGCCUUAUCUACAGAGAAGAGAGGUUGGUCUCCUGGUCGCCGUACUUGAAGACGGCCAUUAGCGACAUUGAGGUCGACGUCGAGGAAAUUGACAAGCCAAAGAAGAUCACCGUCCCGGGCUUUGAGUACCCCGUCGAGGUUGGCUACUUGUGGCAUUUCUCGUACGAAGUGGAAGGCGGCGGACGACUGGAGGUGGCGACGACGCGUAUCGAGACCAUGCUCGGAGACGUGGCAGUCGCGGUCAACCCGAACGACGAGCGCUUCAAGCCCCUCGUUGGCAAACGCCUGAUUCACCCCUUCUUCCCGGAGCGUGACAUGCGCGUCAUCGCCGACGAGCAUGUCGAUGCUGCAUUCGGAACUGGCGCCGUCAAAAUUACCCCUGCCCAUGACAAAAACGAUUACGCCAUCGCGAAGAGACACAACCUGCCGUCGAUCUCCGUCUUCACUCUGGACGGGAAGAUCAGCGAAGAUGGCGGCCCCUUCGCCGGUCAGCAUCGCUUUGAGUGUCGGUUCAAAAUCCAGCAGGCCCUGAAGGACCUUGGCUUGCUCGGCGAGAAGAUGCCUAACACGCACGCGAUGCAGCUGCCGCGAUGCAGCCGCAGUGGAGACAUCAUUGAGUACAUGCUCAUUCCCCAGUGGUGGUGUGCAUGCAAAGACAUGGCUGACCGCGCCGUGAAGGCCGUGCGCGAAGGCCACCUCCGCAUCGUGCCCGCCAUGCACCAAGACUCGUGGUUCCACUGGCUCGAGAACAUCAAGGACUGGUGCAUUUCUCGGCAACUUUGGUGGGGCCACCGCAUUCCGGCAUAUCGCAUCGUCAAGCCUGAGCAGCCAGAAGAGACGUGGGUGGUCGGCCGCACGGUGCAAGAGGCGCUGGAGAGGGCGUCAGACAAGCUGGGGAUCUCUGACCUUUCUCAGAUCACGCUGGAGCAAGACGAGGACGUGCUGGACACGUGGUUUUCGUCCGGCUUGUUCCCGUUCAGCGUCUUCGGCUGGCCCAAUGAGACUGACGACCUUCAGGCCUUCUUCCCCACGACGCUGCUUGAGACAGGUCACGACAUUCUCUUCUUCUGGGUCGCGCGCAUGGUGAUGAUGUCGCUUCAGCUGACAGGCAAGCUUCCGUUUGACACGGUGUUCCUGCAUGCGAUGGUGCGCGACGCGCAUGGCCAGAAGAUGAGCAAGAGCAAGGGGAACGUCAUCGAUCCCCUCGAGGUGAUUUCGGGGAUUUCCCUCGCCGACCUGCAGGCGAAGCUCCACCAGGGAAAUCUGCCUGAGAAGGAGAUCAAGCGCGCCGAAGAAGUGCUCAAGAAGGAAUUCCCCAAAGGUAUCGAGGCAUGCGGCUGCGACGCGCUGCGUCUGGGGCUCCUCGCGUACACCCGCCAAGGCCGCAACGUGAACCUCGACUUGAACCGCGUCGUGGGCUACCGCCACUUCUGCAACAAAUUGUGGAACGCGACCAAAUUCGCCAUGGACAAAUUCGAUGCCGCGCCAUCGCUUCUGGGCAAGCAAGCGUCUGGCGUCGCAAAAACACCCGCGUUCCAGCCUGCUGGCAUCUUCAUGGGAGGCGCAGGCAUCAGCAAGAGCAGCCAAGAUAUCGCCACGCGCCGAGGCGUCCGGUACGACGAGCUCGAGUGGGUUGACAAGUGGAUCCUCCACAAACUCUCUGUCACUUGCGCUGCGGUCAACAAGGCUUUCGAGGAGUACGCGUUCUCCGAUGUGGUGACGUUCGUUUUCAACUUUUUCCUCUACGACUUCUGCGACUACUAUCUGGAGCUCUCUAAGCAGCGUCUGACUGUCCCUGCUGACGGCGAGACCGUUUCGCCGGCAGCUGCGCUUCGCUCCCUGUGCGCCCUCGAAGUGCUUUACGUCUGCCUGGAUCGCGGCCUGCGUCUCCUCCAUCCGCUCUGCCCCUUCAUCACCGAAGAACUCUUCCAGCGAUUGCCCGCCAAUGACUUCAAAUCCGACAGCAUUUGCAUCGCCGACUACCCCCAACCCGUCAUGCAGUGGGUUGACUGCAGGCUCGACGACGACAUGGAGCUUUUCAAGAACGUCGUGUCGCACUUCAGGUCUCUGAUUGCUGCACUCGACAUCCCCCCUAAGUUGAAGCCCUGCGGCUACGUCCUGGUGACGGACACAGAAAAGGAGCAGAGCUCGACUUCCGCUCUUCUGUCUUUCCUCACCGCGCGCGAAGGAGACCUCGCAGCGAUGGCCAAGAUGUCCAUGAUCACAGUGCGGGCCCCGGCGGAGGGCGCGCCGGAACGCUGCGUUAGUGAUGUCGUGCGUGGCGGAGUGGCGAUCUUCCUGUCCGUCGAGGAGGGCGUGAAUCUGGCGCAGACUCUGGAGAAGAUGAACAAGAAGAAAGCGAAUCUUGAGAAAAUGAUCCAAGGUUACGAGAAAAAGGAGGCCAUGCCAUCUUAUGAGGAGAAGGUGCCGGCUGAUGUGCGGGAGCAGAAUGCCGUGAGGAAACGCGAACUGGAGGCCGAGCUCCAGAUGCUCAACCAGGCGAUUGGCAACAUGAAGAAGCUCGCGGGCCAGUAA